AUGGAUAAAGUGGAUAGAAGGCCUUUGUUUCAGUUUGAUAAGAUUAUGGAUAUAAAUUGCAUUCUGGAGAUCCAUCCUCUACUUACUAGUCUGCUGGUUUCGUCAGAGGAAGAUAAAACGAGAGCAAAUGCAGCUGGUGCACUGAGCAAUCUUGUCCGCAACUCUAAUAGGCUUUGUGAAGAUAUAAUCUCGAAAGGAGCCAUGCAGGCUCUGCUGAAGUUGGUUGCCGACUGUUCCACCGUAGCUUUGAGCCCGAGUAGAAAGGAUGCAGUAAAUGAAUCACCAUUGAAGAUUGCUCUAUUUUCAUUGGCAAAAAUGUGUUCCUACUCACCUUGUAGGCAGUUUGUCCGUUCUUCAGAACUGUUGCCCAUUAUUGGACGUCUUAAACAAUCCCCAGAUGAAACUGUUGCCAAUUAUGUGUCCAUUAUAAUCAAAAAAAUUGCAGAAGCCUGACAAGAUAUCUACAUUUUGAUCCGUGUACGCACACUCAUGCAAUAAAAAAGUUUAUUUAUGUAAUUAUAUUCUAUAAUGUAUAUAGUAAAUUUUGCUGUUUAUUUUGUACACCUUGUUCUUAUUUUUCUGAAGAAUCAGAUUAAUCACGAGCACCUUAGAGUGUGUUGUUUGGUGGUAUGCAGUCAUAUUAACAGAA